UCACUACACCGAUCACUGUAUCAACACCAGAACUUCCGUCAAAAUGAAGACCUUCACCAUCGCUACCAUCGUCGCUCUGGCCUCCGUUGGCGCCGCUCAGCUUGACAACAUCCCGUCUUGCGCUCUCAACUGCUUCGUCGGUCCCCUCACCAGCGACGGCUGCUCCUCUCUCACCGACUUCGCCUGCCACUGCAAGAAGGGUGCUCAGCUCCUCUCCCAGGUCCAGCCCUGUGUUCAGGGUGCCUGCGGUCCUUCCGACCAGGCCGCCGCCAUCGCCGCUGUUGAGUCCACCUGCUCUGCCGCUGGUGCUCCCAUCAGCAUCCCUGAUGCCAGCGCUCCCGCUGCCAGCUCUGCUGUAGCCUCCGCUACAUCUGCUGCUGCUGCCUCAGCCGCCUCUUCCAUGGCUUCCUCCAUGGCCUCCGAGGCAUCCUCCGUCCUCUCCGAGGCCUCUUCCGCUGUCGCAUCGGCUGCCUCCUCCAUGUCAUCCGAGAUGUCCAUGUCCGAGUCCAUGUCCAUGACCGCUACUCCUACCGCCACCGGCAGCAUGAGCAUGACCCCCUCUGCCUCCAUGUCUGAGUUCACCGGUGGUGCUGCUCAGGCUACCCAGGCUGUCGGUAUCCUCGGUGCCGCCGCCCUUGCCAUGUUCGCUUUGUAGAUACCCUUACGCUCUGGAUGGAUACAUGAAUCAUUGACUGGAUAGUCAUGGUUGGGAUGUAAUGGAAUUAUGUUGAUGGAGCGAUCGGAUCUUGUAAUACCACACAAAAACGAUAAUGCGAUACCUAAUACUUCGAAUUGAGUGUUCCCCUCAUCUGUGCCCUUGACACCAUCAAAGAAUGCUUCACUCCAAAAGAAAAGCUAGCAUAAAAUCAGCUGAAUCGCAAACAUAAGGAAAUAGUA